AUGAGUGCGUCGCACGUCCGGGAACAGCUCUACAAUGGAGGCCUUGCUCCGGGUACACAGAAAACCUAUCGCUCAGCCCUGACAGUCUGGAAUAUGUUUGCAGCACAGCACAACCUCACUACGUUCGUACCUACUACGACUCAACUGACCUGCUUCCUCGAGUAUUGUUUCUUUGAAGGUAUUUUGCCGGACCAAGUGAAGAAGAUAUGGGCUGCUGCCACUAGUCUAUUUCGUUCCUCAGGCUAUAUCAGCCUCUGGAAUCAAUACCACUCUGCCACCCUGCCGGAUCUUCCUAAGAUUAUUGUACCUUGGGCGGUUUCCCUUUUGGUCGCACACGGCAUUGAGGAGCAAUGGCGUGCCCUUAUAGCCACCCUUUGGCUUAUGGGCGCUAGACGCCACACCAAUAAGACAUUUGAACCCGAGUCCUUGGUUUUUGAGGCGUCGACUCACACUCUCAUCGUCGACCUCCACACGAAGAAACGAGGCGACAGAUCCCAGGUAUCAAAGAUCAUCACCCGAAUCCUUGACCCCCUGACUUUCGAAUUUAUGUCCCUCCCUCUUCUCGAUGCAGUAGAUCCCCGCAGUACCUUCACUCUAAGCCCUGCUACUGUCCUCAAUGCGCUCAAUGACGACGACAGCAUCUUGAUGGUCCACGACUACUUCAUUCGUGCGGGUUUAUCCCGUGAAACCGCACGACGCUACGAACACUGGCACGUCUUCCGUAGAGGGCUAGCACAGAGUGCAUUUAGCCUCCGUGUUCCAGACGAUCUCAUCGCCGGCCUCCUCAGCAUCGACAUUGCCUCCCUCAAGAGCUAUCAAUCUGUGGUAACACCGACGCGAUUGCAGAUUAUCGCCUGA